CCAACCUGCUCGGUGACCCGUCGGUGUUGAUGUACUUCGCCAUCUACUUCAUCGUCGUGAUGUUCGUGAUGUUUGUCAUGUUCGAGCGUGUUACGAUCCUGCGCUGCAUUUUGGUGAUGAUGAAGAAGAUGGCCCCCUCACGCUACGGCAAGGCUGCUGCGGUUGGCCUCGCUACCGACAGCUCGUCCGAGAUCGAGCACACCGGUGCGCGCGGCGGCCGCACUAUCGCCCGCACCAUUGUCAGCAUCCGCGACGCCCCCAUCGUCUUCUUCUGCAAGGUGCCCGACCUCACGAUUAUCAACAAGGCCAUCAUCUACGUGCGUCGUAACGAGCAGACCCACACGCUGCGCAUCGUGCACGUGUUCUCGGACGAGGAGGCGGACGCUCCGGUGCUCGCCUCGUUCCGCGAGAUGGCGGCGCUGUUCGACAGCAUGUACCCGAAGAUCCGCGUGGACUUCGUGUCGGUGCGCGGCGAGUUCGGUCCUGCGAUGAUCGAGUGGCUGUCUCGAUCGAUGAAGGUGCCGCGCAACAUGAUGUUCAUCACGCAGCCAGACUUCCUCUCAGCCGAGCGUGUGUCGACCGUCGGUGUCCGCGUUAUUACGGCAUGAUACAAGCAGUUGCAGCAUUAAUUGCUAGCGUGUGUAAAUACAAGUAUGAGUUCGCUAUGAACUAGAGUUGGGGAUCUUUGAAUUAUUCUGUUGUAAGUAAGCGCAGUGGCCGGAUGCUGGCGUUGUUUGCUGGAACCCGCAUGGAUUCACCACAUCGAUAACUCAAAACAAAAUUCACGGGCUCAGAUGAGAGGGGUCUGCCCGAAGCGAGCCUUAGGAGACAUUCACCGCACCCACGAUUUUACUGUACGGGAGCGAGCCGCUCGUGAUGAUGCAACGCUAACAACCGUCUGAUGCGCUUCUGUAAACAGCGCUGCAAGACUUGCGCUCCAAAAGCUCCAUUCGAGGAGGGGUGACCUCCAUGAUCACUCGAGUGUGUCAGCUUUAGCGCAGGAUGGGCGAGACAUGAGUGCCCGCCUCAACUGUGACGUGCCACAAGCACAAAAACCUGAAAAAGUAUCCUGCGUUCGAGAACAGCUUGAAGUGACUAUGGGAUCAGUAGUCAAGUGGCCCCAUCAGCGACCCGGGGUCUUUUUCCCAUUCGGCUCUCAGUUCUGCAUUUGCCGUGUCAAGCACAAGCGCUUUAGGCGUCUUCAGUACACGGCUUCGUCCGUGGCCGCCAAGUCAGGCAAACUCAUGCCGAUCCCGUUGCUGCUGGUCUCCGCCGUGCUCUUCUUCUUCCGCUUCAUCUACGAGGAAGUGGUCACGGCCAUCCCUAUGAACGGCGGUACCUACAACGCCCUGUUGAACACGACCUCCAAGCGCACGGCGGCCGUGGCUGCCUGUCUCAGUAUCUUGUCGUACGUGGCCACCGGAGUGGUGUCGGCCACGUCCGGUGUGCGAUACCUGAACAACCAGGUCGACAUCCCCAUUGUGGGCUCGACGAUCAUCUUGCUUGGCGCAUUUGCAGUUCUUGCUGUGAUCGGCAUCACGGAGAGCUCCCGCGUGGCUGUGGGCAUCUUCCUGCACCACAUCGUCGUGCUCUUCAUCCUCUUCGUGUCGUGCGUGGUGUACGGCGUCCAGCACCCGCACGUCUUCAAGGACAACAUGCACGCGGGCUACCCCGAGGUGGACUUUGCAGGCUCCAUGCUGGACGGCAACGUGUUCACGGCCAUUUUCUUCGGCUUCGGUGCGUCCAUGCUGGGUAUCACGGGCUUUGAGUCAUCGUCCAACUACGUGGAGGAGCAGCAGCCGGGUGUGUUCCGCAAGACACUGCGCAACAUGUGGGCGCUUGUCACCUUCUUCAACGUCGGCCUUGGCGCUGGUAUUCUUGCGGUGCUGCCGCUGGAGGGCAAGGGCGGCAUCUACGCAAGCUCCGACGACCUCCUCGCCAUGGUCGGCCGGGAAGCGGUGGGAAGCUGGUUCGAGACGUGGAUCUGCAUCGACGCCUUCAUCGUGCUGAGCGGCGCCGUGCUGACCUCGUACGUUGGUAUCUGUGGUCUGGUGCGCCGUCUGUCCACGGACCGUGUACUGCCUGCUUUCCUCGCCAAGACCAACAAGCUCCGCGGAACAAACCACUACAUUAUUGGCAUCUACUUCGCGCUGUCUUCCAGUCUCGUUCUGAUCCUGAACGCGGACGCUACGACGGUUAACGGAGUCUACACGUACGCGUUCCUCGGACUGAUGGCCAUGUUCUCGUGCGCGUGCAUGCUACUGAAGGGCAAGCGCUCGGAGAUCCCGCGCGACAUCCACGCGCCGUGGGCUGCGGUGAUUGUGGGCUUCAUCUUGGUCGUGGUGGCCAUCUUCGCCAACCUGCUCGGUGACCCGUCGGUGUUGAUGUACUUCGCCAUCUACUUCAUCGUCGUGAUGUUCGUGAUGUUUGUCAUGUUCGAGCGUGUUACGAUCCUGCGCUGCAUUUUGGUGAUGAUGAAGAAGAUGGCCCCCUCACGCUACGGCAAGGCUGCUGCGGUUGGCCUCGCUACCGACAGCUCGUCCGAGAUCGAGCACACCGGUGCGCGCGGCGGCCACACUAUCGCCCGCACCAUUGUCAGCAUCCGCGACGCCCCCAUCGUCUUCUUCUGCAAGGUGCCCGACCUCACGAUUAUCAACAAGGCCAUCAUCUACAUGCGUCGUAACGAGCAGACCCACACACUGCGCAUCGUGCACGUGUUCUCGGACGAGGAGGCGGACGCUCCGGUGCUCGCCUCGUUCCGCGAGAUGGCGGCGCUGUUCGACAGCAUGUACCCGAAGAUCCGCGUGGACUUCGUGUCGGUGCGCGGCGAGUUCGGUCCUGCGAUGAUCGAGUGGCUGUCUCGAUCGAUGAAGGUGCCGUUCGGUCCUGCGAUGAUCGAGUGGCUGUCUCGAUCGAUGAAGGUGCCGCGCAACAUGAUGUUCAUCACGCAGCCAGACUUCCUCUCAGCCGAGCGGGUGUCGACUGUGGGCGUUCGGGUCAUCACCGCGUAGCUGGUCCCUAGGCAUGUGAUAAACAGAAACAAAGCGUGUAACGUAAAGAGACGAAUGAACCAGAGCGAACGCAUUUAUUCCUAGAUCCUCUUUACACAGCGGUAGUUUUUGCUUGCAUCUUUAUCUUCGAUGUCACCGUAUUAUCCAUACUACCCUGUGAACCAAAAACGGCGUCCCUAAGAGCAUCUCCAGCGGUGGGUCUUAUCCUAAGGCCCUGGUUUCUCCGUCGGUGUCUGGGGAUAUGGGGAAAACAUCUUUCAUCUCCGACCAGACUCCAACGUCAUCGGCAAAUGGUUCACCUCCGCCAGAACGGGAUCUGACGGCCCCAACGGCUGCCUAGGACAGGCGAUUCAAAACUUUCCGUCCCAAUUGGGCACCAGCGUCCAACGGCGUCGACCAAAGCGUGGUUCUCUCUACCAGGGCGUCGCUUACUUAAAGUCGUUGUUGGCCCUGAUCCCAGCGAUCGUUUGCAAAGAUCUCUCUUGUGUGGACUCGAAUCCAUUCUCUCUUUUUCCGUCUCCAAGCCAAGUCCUCCUCCAGCGCGCUUCACCUCGACAGGAAUCGGUCAUGACGGAGCCCAAUCCUACUGGAGCGUUGUUGGCGCCGUCGCCCACGGCAGUCUACCGCGAAGCGUCUUCACCAAAACUCGCAGUCUGCUCGGUGAACAGCUCGCGAGCGCUGAACCUUCGUCGGCGCAAGAUCGAGAUCGAGGUAGUGGACAACGGCCCCAGAGGACCGGCUUGGCAGUUCCCGGGCUUCGGCACUUCGGAGCACGUCCAGGCCCCUCAAAAUGAGCUGGCCGACAUUCAAGUCGAGCUGAAUCAACCACGCAAACUUCUGGGCGAGCUACCGGCGACUGCUAUCUGUGGCAACGAUAUCCUGUCGAGUGUGCUGUACUCGGCGUCGUCUGUCGCUGCGAAAUCGGGCAAGCUCAUGCCGAUUCCGCUGCUCAUGGUGUCGGCUGUGCUGUUCUCGUUCCGGUUCAUCUACGAAGAGGUGGUGACGGCCAUCCCGCUGAACGGAGGCACCUACAACG